UAUCUAAUUUUAGGUGUACCGUCGUCACGCACUAAGUUGGAACCAAAGAAAAAUUUGUAAAGCAGGGCGAUAGAUAGCCGCAACGGUGUGUGCUAAUUGUUACCACUCACUCAACUUGGUAGUGGGUAAUAAUGGCGAGAAUGGUGUGCUCUCAGCUUCUUCCUUCAAUGGCAGUGUCUUCUUUCUUCAAUGCUUCUUCUUUAAGACUCUCACAAUCUACACAUCCUGUGCUACUCUUUAAAAGGCGCUUUUCCGUUGCUAAGAUAAGCAUGAGUUUGCGUGCCGGUAUUGUUGGCCUUCCUAAUGUCGGCAAAUCCACGCUCUUCAAUGCCGUUGUUGAGAAUGGAAAAGCUCAGGCUGCCAAUUUUCCUUUUUGCACAAUAGAGCCAAAUGUAGGGAUAGUUGCUGUCCCUGAUACACGCCUCAAUGUUCUUUCUGAUCUAAGCAAAUCCAAACGAGCAGUCCCGGCAUCGAUAGAGUUUGUUGAUAUUGCUGGUCUUGUAAAGGGAGCCAGUCAAGGAGAGGGCCUGGGGAACAAGUUCUUGUCACAUAUUCGUGAAGUGGACUCCAUACUUCAGGUGGUACGCUGUUUUGAGGACAAUGACAUUGUUCAUGUGAGUGGGAAGGUUGAUCCAAAAUCUGAUAUUGAUGUAAUCAACUUGGAAUUAGUAUUCACAGACAUGGAUCAGGUUGAGAAAAGAAUGGAGAAACUCAAAAAGAGCAGACCUAAAGAUUCACAAGCUAAAGUAAAGGAGGAAGCAGAAAAGUCUGCCUUGGAGAAAAUACAACAAGCACUACUGGCUGGAAAACCAGCACGAUCAGUAUCUUUGACGGAGUUUGAAAAGGAUGCUAUAAAGCAGCUUUGUCUUCUUACAAUGAAGCCUGUCAUAUUUGUGGCAAAUGUAGCGGAAUCAGAGGUGGCUGAGCCUGAAAAUAAUCCUCAUGUCAAGGAAGUAAUAAAAACAGCUUCUGAGUUAAAUUCUGGUGUGGUAACUAUUUCAGCCCAGGUCGAAUCUGAGCUAUCUGAACUUCCUUUAGAAGAAAGAAUGGAAUAUUUGAAAUCUCUUGGUGUCGAUGAAAGUGGCCUAGGAAAUCUUAUCAGAGAAACUUAUGGUCUCCUAGGGUUGCGCACGUACUUCACUUCUGGCGAGAAGGAAACCAAAGCUUGGACUAUACUCGAAGGAAUGACUGCACCCCAAGCAGCUGGGGUUAUUCACUCCGACUUUGAAAAGGGCUUCAUCAGGGCAGAGACGGUUGCUUAUGAUGACUUUGUUUCUGCUGGUUCAUUUGCAGCGGCAAGGGAAAAAGGACUUUUGAGGUUAGAGGGGAAAGAUUAUGUUGUGCAAGAAGGGGAUAUAAUGCUGUUCCGGUUCAAUGUCUAAUUGAAACACAACUGGUGAAGGAGAUGUCACGGAUUUUUAUGAUGCCCACGCAUGCCCACGGUUGUUCUGAACCAUUCACGUUUCUGGCACAGCAGAUUUUGCUAUGGAGAGAUUUUUUUUCGUGAAGCCUAUAUUUUAUGAGCUAGCCAGGUUUGUGAAUUUUUAAGGCACUGCAACUGGUGCUGAUGAGAUAGAUAUAUGAUUCUUUACUCAGUCGCUACACAUCUCAAUUUUGGCUCGUCAUGUAACAUUCAAUGUCCAUAGGUCUUUCGACUUGUGUUAUAUUGUUGUAAUUUUUUCACUCCUUACCACCCUCCCCCACACGCCUUAUAUGGGCACUGCAUAUGAUUUAAAAAUAAGAACGGAAAAAAGAAGUUCCAAAAGUAGAAUAUUUUGACAGUUCGAUGAU